UUGUGGGUGGCUGGGCCUGAGACAGCGGUUGUGAGUGGCCAAUGGUAGGCCCGGGGUCACGACCUCGUCCCCCGCUUUCCAGUCGCCGCGUGCUGCGCGCAUCGCCCUUCACGACCUGCACGCUUCCGGCCCAUAAAGCGACAGUCCCUGCGCCUUCCCGUCGCGCAUCUUAAUUGCAAGUAUGGUCAUGAUCCAUAACUAUGCUCGCGCGCCGCCACCUGAUCCUGCCUCCCGAAAGCGUCGAAACCACCCUUGUUCCAGCCCGCCGACGGACGACGCUGCCCAACGAUCGCCGAAGAAGCGGAAGCUUUGCCAUCCUACCUCUCCUCCGCCACAGUUUUGGGACGGCUUAUCGACGAUACCCCUCACUCCGAACGCUCUGCAAGAACUGAACCGAAGGAACACGCAGCUCGGACAAAGAAACGUCGCUCAUCUUUCGCCAACCAGACGGAGUCGCCGACUGCGCGCUCGACGGGCUGUCGCGGAAGAACACGAUUGCCUCCAGCCGCCCGAACAAUUCUUGAAACGGUGCUCGCCACGGUGCUUGAAACGUGUGAAGAAGGUUUCCACUCACGGCGGCCCAGAUCUGAGUGGUUUGAGAGGGUACCGGACCUCACACAUUGCCAACCACGAAAUGAGAUCGUCUACCCUGUCAAGUCUUGGGCGUCGUAAGCGGGGCUCGCAGUCACCAGAGAAGAGCAGUGCAACUCCAAAUACGACGACUACGCGAAGCACGGUGGCAUAUGAUCGGGCUUUCCAGCAACAUCUGAUCGAUCAUGGCACAUACCCUGAUAGAUACAAGUACCCUGACGGCAGGGUCCCCACACGGCUCGAUAAUCUAGACGAAAUCAGACUUGUUUUGCGCCAGCCUCGACCCUCACUUUCUCCGUCCCAGUUUCCAGACGAUAGAUUUGAGGAAUUUCAGCUGGCAGAUGCGGAGGCAUCUAAGGAAAGCCAAGUUAUCGCAGAUGUCAUACCAUUUAUUGAGGGAGACACUGGAGACAGGAAGUGCAUCGCCCGUCAAGUCCGAUGCACCAACUUUGACCAUUUGACGGAUGGCACACUCGUUGCAGCAAGUCCAGAUAUAUACUACGGCGCACGCCCUGAACAACUACAGCGGAGGAUACGAGAGACCCUAUCCGGUCACGUGGUUCCAUCCACGCAAGGAGAUCUACCAGUAGCCCCGAACUUCUUCGUUGAAGUGAAAGGGCCAGACGGAUCAGCAGCCGUGGCGAAGCGGCAGAUCACCUACGAUAUGGCUCUAGGCGAGAGAGGCCAAGCUGCUCUUGAUGCUUACCUGCGGUCUGAGCCCAGCUACAACAACGAAGCACACACCCUUGGUUGCACCUAUCUGGAUGGACAGCUCAAGCUAUAUGCUACCCAUGCGAUACAGCCAUGCAAGCCAGGAGCGCAACCAGAAUACGUCUUGACGCAGAUUAAAGCUGCGGCUUUGACUGAUGACGCAGAUGGGUUUCGAAAAGGCGCUACUGCAUAUCGAAAUGCCAGAGACUGGGCCAAGCGACAGAGGGAUCAAGCCAUAUCACGAGCCAACGAGAGGACAAAUGGUCAGAGCCAUGCCAACAUACAUCGGGAAGAUGGCUUAGGACUCGACUUUUUGAGCGAAGCAUCUGCUGCUGAGACAGUGGGACUGACCAGCCACGCAACGAUCACGACCCACGGAUCCAACGCGUCAUCCUUCUGUGAUACUGAAUCCUCUGCAGACGAGCUGUCUUUUGAUCACGAACCGUUAGAUAAACGGAGCAAGGGCCCUGGGGGUGGGCUGCCCACGAGAGCCCUCCGCUUGCGGCAAGAAUCACAAGAUGGGCGUAAACGGACACGUUCUGCUUCUAACAAGCGAGUUGACAGUAGAUCCUUCACAGAUGGGAUCGAAUAGCCUGCUAUGAAUAACAUCACCUGACACUCAUCAUUCAAGCUGUGGAAUGUAUCGCACGUGCAGCAAGACUACUCGCCCGAAACACUUGGCGGAAUAGCAGGGAGGCUUUUGAUGAUCCCACCGCAGCUACCUGGUCCAUUCUCCAGAGACGGGCGCAAGUCGCCAGUAAGGGCGGGCCAAUUAUCACCUCCGCCAUGUGCCGGUAAGCGACAGUCCGUCGAUGUGGGCAUCAUCUCCUGGCCAUGUUGCGUGACCUUGGCCGGAUUACCCCCGUCUCUCAUCAC